GGACAUGGCAGCUUCAAAGAUAGCACAGUGAGCUUGGAUUUGUCACGGAUUGUCCCCAAAAAUGUGGGGACAGCUCUCCGCGCCGACCCCCCCCGCGCGCUGAUUGGCCGGGGCGCGGCGCCCCGCGCGCUGAUUGGCUGCGGCGCGGCGUUAUGGCGCCCCGAAGAGGAGCUGGACGGCUGCGAGCCCGAGGCCGAGCGCGGCCCCGCCGCCGAUUCGCUGCCCGGGACCCCUCCCGGGCCUCCGGACGGGCUCCGGCAGGACUCGCUGGAGCUCAUCAGCCGCUACCUGCGGGAGGUGGCGGGAGAGGCGCAGCCCAGCGCUAAGAAGCUUUUUCCGGGGCUCCUGGGUGGGCCCGGCCGGCCCGGCGCGGCGGGGGAUGCGGUGAUGGAGAAGGCGCUGGAGACGCUGCGGAGGGUCGGGGACGGCGUCAUGAGGAAACACGAGCUCGCCUUUCAAGGUGUGUGUGGGUGGGGUACUCCGGGAGGAGGGGGAGACCCCCCCGGGCCCCCCUUUGGGCCUGUCCCGGUAGCCGGAGGGGGUCGGGGCCGGGGGUGAUGCCCUCGGGGUUGGGGUCUCGGCGGGGUCAGGGCUGGGGCGCGGCCUUGGCUCGGAAAGGGUUAAAUGAAAGCGGUUGGGAAGCGCUGAGAAACGAAAGUGAACUUUGUUCCGCGGGGAGGAGGAGAAGCCGCUGCUGCUGUGUGCGGGGGAGAUAACGUGGUUACAGAUUAGCCCCGGCUCGGCGGAUCGUCCCCGGCGGGCUCCGGAGCCUCGGCCCCGUUCAGGGCCAGCGGGGUUUACUGCGGGAAUUCUUCUGGGUGACGUGCUCAUACAGCCAUGCAAUGGUUUGGGUUGAAACAGACCCAAAAACUCAUCCAGUCCCAUGAGCAAGGACAUUUUCCACCAUCCUAGCCCUGUCCAGCCUGGCCCUGGGCACCUCCAGGGAUCCAGGGCAGCCACAGCUGCUCUGGGAAAUCUGUUUUCAUGUAUAUAAAGUGUCCAAAGAUUAGUUAGCUCGGGAUUUCCAGCUUGCCCAGUUCAGGUGCAAGGGGGUUUUUAAUGGGGGAAUUCUUCUGGGUGAUGUGCUCAUACAACCAUGGAAGGGUUUGGGUUGAAACAGACCCAAAAACUCAUCCAGUGCCCCUUUGCACCAUCCCAGCCCUGUCCAGCCCGGCCCUGGGCACCUCCAGGGGCAGCCACAGCUGCUCUGGGAAAUCUGUUUUUAUGUGUUUAAAGUGUCCAAGGAUUAGUUAGCUCAGGAUUUUCAGCCUGCCCGGUUUAAGUGCAAGGGGGUUUUUAAUGGGGGAAUUAUUCUGGGUGAUGUGCUCAUACAACCAUGGAAUGGUUUGGGUUGAAAUAGAUUUUAAAACUCCUCCAGUCCCAAAAGCAAGGACAUUUUCCACCAUCCCAGGGUGCUCCAAGCCCUGCCCAGCACUGCCAGGGAUCCAGGGGCAGCCCCAGCUGCUCUGGGAAAUCUGGUUUUUAUGUAUUUAAUCCAAAGAUUGGUGAGCUCAGGAGUUUCAGAUCCUCACCCCGUCCCAGUUUAGGUGCAAGGGGAUUUUUGAUGGGGUCAAUGUGCUCACAGAACCACGAGAGCCAUGGAGUGCUUUGGGUUGAAACAGACCCAAAAACUCAUCCAGUGCCCCUUUGCACCAUCCCAGCCCUGUCCAGCCCGGCCCUGGGCACCUCCAGGGGCAGCCACAGCUGCUCUGGGAAAU